GGUUUAGGUAACUGGGAUAUGGCACCCAGACCAUUUCAAUGACAUGCAUUUACACAGCUGUAUACACUUACAUACUCACAGAUUCAUACAAUAAGAACAUAAUACAUUACAAGCAAAGUCAAAAUAUGCACAUACAUAUAUACUUAUGCAGUUGUCAAAAUGAAUAUGGUUUUAGGCCCGCAAAGUCCAGUUGAAAAAAUUAAUUAUACUGUAACUGUCUUAUUUUGGGGUCGGGAGCAGGGGGCAAAUUUUGUGCGUGUGGGCAUCUCACAUGAAAAUCUGGCAAUGAGCGUGUGGACUUGCUCCUCUAUCAGAUUAUUAUUAUUAUUAUAUUUAUAUAGCGCCAACAAAUUCCAUAACGCUGUACAAUGGGUGAACUAACAAACAUGUAAUUGUAACCAGACAAGUUUGACGCACAGGAACAGAGGGGCUGAGGGCCCUGCUCAAUGAGCUUACAUGCUAGAGGAAGUGGGGUAAGGUGACACAACAGGUAAGGAUAGUAUUAGGGAAGUAGAUUGGUAGAAUAGUAUUCAAUGAAGACUUAGUGUCUGUUUGUUUUUGUUUUUUUUAAAUGACAGUUGCAGGAGAUGAAUCAGUGGGAAAAAGUGAGUUUUUAAUGAUUUUUUGAAGGAGUGGAGACUGGAUGAGCAUCUAACUGAAAAGGGAAGGGCGUUCUACAGGAGCGGUGCAGCUCUAGAGAGGUCUUGAAGGCGAGCAUCAGAGGUGGGAGUAGACACAGAGGAUAGACACAGGUCUUUGGCAAGGGAGGAUAGAAAGGUGGAAGUAGUAUUAUGUAGAGAUUUGAAAGCAAGAACCAGAAUUUUAUAUUGAGCCCUGUGUCUUAUGGGAAGCCAAUGCAGGGACUGACAGAGGGGUGAGGCGUAUGAGGUGCGGGCGGACAGGAAGAUAAACCUCGCCGCAUUCAUGAUAGACUGCAAUCGUGCAAGUUGGGAGCACGUAAGGCCACUGAGAAGUGGAUUGCAGUAGUCAAAGCGAGAGAGGACAGUGGCAUGGACCAGCACCUUAGUCGUAUCUGGCGUUAAGUAGGGGCGGUGUCACGGUUCUCACCUGAUAGACAGACGGCAAGACGUGGCUGCUCUUGGAGUUCCCAACAGGGGACUUGAACCGGGGAUCUUCUCAGUCCUGGUCCUGCUUUCUACCUCUGAGCCACAGCAGCUAUUUACACUGAAGACUGAUUCCAGUCCUGUUCAUCCUGACAUGGCUACUACUCUGGGGGCUGCACCUUGACUUGGCUGUGUUUCACCUGACUCUGAUCAGUCAUCAGCAGGGUAUAUAAACCCAGCCUCGCCCUGUGCUCAGUGUCAAGUCUCUGAUCCUGUUUGUUCCAGUGUUCCUGUUUCAUCGCUUCGCAUUAUUGACCCCGGCUUCCUGACUCGUUUAUUCUGACUUCUGGCAUCCCUUGACUUCGGCUACUCCUCGUUGUUCCUGUCCUCUGGCAUCCUUUGACCUCGGCUAUCCCUCGACCAUCCUGCUGGUUCAGUCCUUGCCUGUCCUGCGUAUUGGUACUGCAUCCUGCACAGCCCCCGUGCACAGACCCACAGGCCAGGUGAAUUCUUACCUGACCACCUCGGCCUGUGGCUAUCUGCAAGGGUGAGCAUCAUAUCUGCGCUACAGACUCCCAACUCAGGUAAGACCCUGACAUAAGACUUGACCAUUAUGGAGUCCGCAGAGAUGUGCUCACCCUCGACCCAGCGUGUGUCCAGCCUGGCCCAGACUGUUUCGGAGCUGCAGCAAGAAAUUUUAUUCCUUAAAGGCGCAGUACAUCCAGCCCCGAACCAGCUUUUCCUGAACCGUUUGUCAUCAUGCCCGACCGAUUUGAUGGUAGCCGCACAUCCUAUCAGUCUUUCAAGAUGGAUUGUGAGGUGUUGUUUUCUUUAAAGCCUCGAACAUAUGCCACAGAAUUCAUCAGGGUCAGAGCGGCUAUCAACCUGUUGUCUGGACGCAUCAAAGUUUGGGCUCACCAAAUGUUGCAGACGAAGAGUCCUGUCCUGGUCAGCUGGGAAUCCUUUAGUACUGCUAUGGACUCACAAUGUAAGACCACUGUGGCCAAGUCAGCUCCACGUACUAAAAAAUCUCAGAUUCUUCCUAACCAAGAAACCGAGUACCACCACUACGCCCCAGAGAUGCCUCCUUAUGUUCCAGCUCCCAGGAAAACUCCAGAGGUAUCCGGUGUUCCACUUGACCCUGUGGAACCUAUGCAAUUAGGACUCGUCCACUGCAAAGUGACACCUAAGGAAAGAGACCGAAGGAGAAGCUAUGGCCUAUGUUACUACUGUGGAGAAAAAGGGCAUUUCAUCACGCUUUGUCCUGUUCGCCCUCCUAGACCUCCAGCUCUCCGACUUGGUACUAGUUUCCUUCGCCCUGUGUACACCGCAUACCAGCCUAAAAAGCCAAAUAGAAACCAUUGUGCUUGCACAUGCUUGGCUUCGGCGAGAAAACCUCCAUCCCCUGCUCCAGAGCCUCCUGCAUCUACUCCCGAAGUUGCUUCCUGUGAUACCACCACUACUUCCUGCCAGCCCGAAGAGGUUUUACCUGUGGAUUGUGCCGUUGCUUCUAAUGGCACUAUAGUCCGUAAAGAAGACCUUGAAAUGUUCGAAAAAGCAUUGUUAGCUGCGAACACUGCUCCUGCCAAAGUUUUGGAAGUGCUUGCCACCUGUACCCGGAACCUAAAAGACCUGGACAAUUCUCCAGCUGUACCAGAAGCUGGUACUGCGGACUCCCAAGCUGUAAAGGGAAUCCUUGCUGGGGAGUUUGACUAUGGGGACUCACUGGAUUCAGAUAGUGACCCUGGAGAGGUGUACUAUGCUGACAGUGAACCUAUUUACGCCCGGAGGUCGUUUUUAAAGGGGGGGUACUGUCACGGUUCUCACCUGAUAGACAGACGGCAAGACGUGGCUGCUCUUGGAGUUCCCAACAGGGGACUUGAACCGGGGAUCUUCUCAGUCCUGGUCCUGCUUUCUACCUCUGAGCCACAGCAGCUAUUUACACUGAAGACUGAUUCCAGUCCUGUUCAUCCUGACAUGGCUACUACUCUGGGGGCUGCACCUUGACUUGGCUGUGUUUCACCUGACUCUGAUCAGUCAUCAGCAGGGUAUAUAAACCCAGCCUCGCCCUGUGCUCAGUGUCAAGUCUUUGAUCCUGUUUGUUCCAGUGUUCCUGUUUCAUCGCUUCGCAUUAUUGACCCCGGCUUCCUGACUCGUUUAUUCUGACUUCUGGCAUCCCUUGACUUCGGCUACUCCUCGUUGUUCCUGUCCUCUGGCAUCCUUUGACCUCGGCUAUCCCUCGACCAUCCUGCUGGUUCAGUCCUUGCCUGUCCUGCGUAUUGGUACUGCAUCCUGCACAGCCCCCGUGCACAGACCCACAGGCCAGGUGAAUUCUUACCUGACCACCUCGGCCUGUGGCUAUCUGCAAGGGUGAGCAUCAUAUCUGCGCUACAGACUCCCAACUCAGGUAAGACCCUGACAGGCGGAUGCGCGCAAAAUUUUUGAGAUUGAAGCGGCAGGAUUUGGCGAUCCACUGGACAUUAAGGGUGAAGGAGAGGUCGGAGUCAAAGAGAACACCUAGGCAGCGAGCCUGAGUGGUGGAGAUGAUGGUAGCACCAUUAAUAAGGAGGGAGACAGAAACGGGAGUAGCAACACUUGAGGGAGCAAAGACCAGAAGUUCUGUUUUUGCCAAGUUGAGCUUAAGGAAGUAGGCAAACUGGGGGUUCAUAUAUUUCAAAAUACAGAUCUAGAUACCUCUCCUAUUAAAAGGGUUCCAUAGGCUAUGGUCCCGCCUUGUAAAAGCUCAGCCAAUAAGAUUUGUCUUCAGUAGUAACGUCAUUUUGUAUUCAUUUUCUUUGUGGUUUGUUUAUUUCAAAUGUGACAAGUUCAGUGAGCAGAAGAUAAGAACAAGUGGGUAUUUUCAUAUAAUAAUAGAUAGGUCCAUUAAAAAUUAUUUAUAUUAGAGGUACAUUCUAUAUGUAGGCAUUAGGGUAGGUACUAACUUUAAAUUUUACAACUGGUGGAUUAAGCAUCCCAUCAAAACAGUAGGUAGUAUAAUAUCCCCUUAAGGACACAUGACGGAAAUAUUCCAUCAUGAUUCCCUUUUAUUUCUGAAGUUGAGUUAUUCUUAGAAAUGUGGCUUUAAAUCAUUAGGAUUAGGAACUAUUUAAUAGCACUGCUCAGCCUCCUCCUAAUAUUUAGGGGUUCUAUAUUGACAGUAGAGAGUCUGUGGGAACCUUGCUCAUGAUGGAUACGUAGUCAUAGGCGUGCGCAGCCUAUUGCAUUAAGGUGUGCACCCUAAAGCACAAGCACACGGCGCAUAUAUAUAUGUAUGUAUGUAUAUAUAUAUAUAUCUAUACACAUAUAUACACACAUACACACACUGCUGUGUGUGUGUGUGCUGUGUGAGGAUGCUGUUAGUGUGAUGUGUGUGUGAGACGGUGCUGGUAGUGUGCUAUGUGGGUGAGGCUGUUUGUGUGUGCACACUUGUGAGGGUGCUGUUAAUGUACUGUGUGUGAGGGUGCUGUUUGUGUGUGUGUGUGUGUGCGCGCUUGUGAGGGUGCUGUUAAUGUACUGUGUGUGAGGGUGCUGUUUGUGUGUGAGGGUACUGGUAGUGUGCUGUGUGUGUUUGUUGGGGUCCUGUUUGUGUUUGUGAGGGUACUGUUAGUGUGCUGUGUGUGUGUGAGGGUGCUGUUUGUGUGCUGUGUGUAAGGGUGCUGUGUGUGUUUGUGAGGGUGCUGUAUGUGUGUGUGGGUGCUGUAUGUGUGUUGGUGCUGUGUAUGUGUGUGGGUGCUGUGUAUGUGUGUUGGUGCUGUAUGUCUGUGGGUACUGUAUGUCUGUGGGUGCUCUAUGUCUGUGGGUGCUGUGUAUGUGUGUAGGUGCUGUGUAUGUCUAUGGGUGCUGUAUGUGUGUGGGUGCUGUGUAUGUCUGUGGAUGCUGUAUUUGUGUGGGUGCUGUAUGUGUGUAGGUGCUGUGUAUGUAUGUGGGUGCUGUAUCUGUGUAGGUGCUGUGUAUAUCUGUGGGUGCUGUAUGUGUGUGGGUGCUGUAUGUGUGUUGGUGCUGUGUAUGUCUGUGGGUGCUGUAUGUGUGUUGGUGCUGUGUAUGUCUGUGGGUGCUGUAUGUGUGUUGGUGCUGUGCAUGUCUGUGGGUGCUGUAUGUCUGUGGGUGCUGUAUGUGUGUUGGUGCUGUGUAUGUCUGUGGGUGCUGUAUGUGUGUUGGUGCUGUGUAUGUCUGUGGGUGCUGUAUGUGUGUUGGUGCUGUGUAUGUCUGUGGGUGCUGUAUGUGUGUUGGUGCUGUAUGUGUGUUGGUGCUGUGUAUGUUUGUGGGUGCUGUAUGUGUGUUGAUGCUGUGUAUGUCUAUGGGUGCUGUGUAUGUCUGUGGGUGCUGUAUGUGUGUUGGUGCUGUGUAUGUCUGUGGGUGUUGUAUGUAUGUGUGUAGGUGCUGUGUAUGUCUGUGGGUGCUGUGUAUGUCUGUGGGUGCUGUGUAUGUCUGUGGGUGCUGUGUAUGUCUGUGUGUGCUGUAUGUGUGGGUGUGUGUGCUGUAUGUGUGGGUGUGUGUGCUGUCUGUGUGUGGGUGAUUGUGGGGGAGGAGGUGGGGGUACAUUACUUGAUAUCCCCCCUCCCUUCUUACCUUAUGCCUGGGAGGGGGGAUCCUUGUUGCUGCUGCUUCCAUCCCUGGUGGUCCAGUGGAGAGUGAACUCUAGCCCCUGUGGGAACCCGGCGGAGCUACUGGCAAGAGCUCCGCCGGUCCUGCCUCCCUCCCUGCAUGUGGGUCGGUGGGGAGGGAGGCUGAGAGCAGAGCAGACACUCGGAUAGCGCCGGCUCUGCAUGAGCCGACAGGGGAGAUCCUGAGAUCUCCCCUGCCGGUCUCAAUAUACAUAGGCGUGCCGCGGGGAUUAGGGUGUGCCCAGGCACACCCGGCACACCCAGUGCGCACGCCUAUGUACGCAGUCAUAAUGACAAGUGCUUUUCAAACUUGCAUCAUUAUUGAUUUAUUGUAUUUAUUUAACUAUUUUCUUUGUAAUGCUGUAAUAAGUAUUGUAAUAAAGAUGUGUAUUUUUUCACAUCAAAACAUUAUACAUACUCAUAGUGAAGAAUCAAGCACCUUUUUUAGAGGUUAGUUAAAUAUAUUUUUAAAAAUUGCACUUGUAGUUUUCCAUGCAGUGUUCACAAACAUAUCAUUUUCCUGGUUAUAUUUGCAUUUCUUCGCUUGAUAUAAACAUUAUAAAAUUAAUUCCAUAUUUUAAUCUACCUAUUUAUUUGAAAGAAAAAGAAAGGCAUUGACCAUUACAAACUGACGGUGGGUGCUAUAUCUGUGAGAAGACAAUGCCCUCUAGGGUUUUUUUCUGGUAUAACAUUUUACUAACAUUGUGUAACUAAGGCUAAAGGUAUCAAUAUAUAUAUAUAUGUUUUGAUAUGUGUUUAGAACAAAUAACAUCAAUCUAUAAGCAAACAUGGUUAAGUGUAAUAUGUAGAGAUAAUUAUUUUCAAGUGCCAAGUGUCAAAUUCCUACUAACAUAAACCGACAAUGGCCUUGAUUUAAUUUGUUUGUAUCAUCAUUUCAAGUGAUCAAAAUCUGUUAGUAAAACACUUUGAUACGAGGUCUGCCUGGAAAGUAUCCAGCCAUGUAAUAUGAAAUAUACAAUUUUAAUAGACAUUUAUUGAAGAAGAUAAAAUAUACAAGAAACAUUUUACAUAGUACAAUGCCACCUCAGUCUCCUUCAAAGUAGGCAUCAUAGGACCACACACAAUUCUCCCAGCAUCUCUUCCACUGUUCAAAGCACUCUGCAAAAUCCUUUCUUGGAAUCGUCUUCUGCUGCCUUGUUGUAUUUACCUGAAUCUAAUUGACAGUUUAAAAUCUUUUCCCUUUUAAAGGUGAUUUUAGUUUUAGGAAAAUCCAGAAGUUGCCGGGUGCAAAAUCAGAUCCUCCACCAUCUUUGAAGUGUUUGUGCCACAAUUUUAUUAGCGCUGCAGUCAUUGCAUCAUCUCCGAAAGCCUUUUAAAUCAUCUGAAUAGUUCCCGCUGAGGAAUGUUUAAGCUUAACAAAAAAUGUAAUGCAGAUUUGUUGCUCUACUCACGCAGUCAUUUUUGAAUGUGAUGGCCACACAGUACACAUGCUCACUCGACAGCAUCUAGUCCCCACACUGACUAGUACAGUGAAGUCGUCAUUGUUCACGCAUGCAUUCCAUUCCACUCUCCUUGGCUGCCAGGUUACAUCAAACGUUAUUAUUAUACCUCGUAUAUGUACAAAAAGUGGUGACUUCAGUAGAUAAAGUAUUUUAAAAUAGUUUAUCUAACAGAUUGUGGUAAUUUGAAAUGUCCCAAACCAAUGUAAUCAAGGCCGAUAUUCCUGUGUUUGUAUAAAAUCACUUUUUGUAGCCUCCUAAUUCUUUCAUGUACCUCAAAUUAAAAAAUAAGUAGUGCCAAUAGUAAAUAAAAGCUAAAUUAUGUUUAACGGUAAACGAACAUGUAAAUAUGGUAAAUAAAUAUUCAAAAGGCUUAUACUGUGUAAUAAUACCUAAAUAGUUAAACAAGAAAAUAAAUUACCAUAAAAGACUGGAAGAGGUAAAGGUGAAUCACUGUUCCUCUACCAGUCUCCUGCGAUGUACCCAACCUUUAGCUAGUCUGUACUGCUAUCUUUGGCAAUAUAUCUGGAGAACCUGGGGUUUUAGACUUUUCAAAUUUAUGGUCCAAUAUUGCAAUAAAUUCAUAUAUUGUCACCAUUUAUUGGGUGUAUUUUAGAUACCCCUUGGAGUAUUACCAUAUAUACCCUAUCUAAGUAAUUUUCUAGUAUGAUCUAGGUUCUCAUGUCCUGUGUGUUUUAUCUUACAUUUAAAGUCCUGAUAGAAUGUCUCUAAAAUGAAAACUUUUUUUAUUACAUCAGCCUAUCAAUUAACUUUUCCAUUACACUGCAUACCAAUGACCCUGAAUUAGGAGAUUUCGUAUAGGCUGCAUCAAGUCUUCCCCUUUUUAAGCAUCACCAGCACAUUUGAUUUUGUGUUUCACCAUUAAUUUAUGUUUUAGUAUAACUCAAUAAAGAUGUAUUAGGUAUUUUAAUUUAGUUUUCUUAGCUCUAUGAGUCGUUCCCAUCGUUGUGGGUACACCGCAGGAGACUGGUAGAGGAACGGUGAUUCACCUUUACCUCUUCCAGUCCUCUAUGGUAAUUUAUUUUCUUGUUUAAUCAAUUCAAGGUUUAUGACCAUUAUUACCCACCAAGUCUUUUCUGUUAUUGACUUUUGGGUCAAUUUCAGGUUUUUGUAUACCUAAAUAGUUAACUUACAAACAAUUCACAGUGUCGGGCAUUCAGUCCGUCCUAUAAAUAGUCAUCGGCAUGCUUUUCUGUCUCAAGUGGUCAGCUUGAAUACAUGAUUGCACUGUCAAUAAAUGGAAUUCCAUCGUUUCAUCACCUGAUACGCAAUUCUAAGCCCACAACAAGAGUUACUAACCUCAAACAACUCCCCUAGGUUGCUACAGUAUAACCCAAUAUGUAGGGUAAAGUCUAAUCAAAACAAAUUGUAUAUUUCAUGCCACAUAUACAUACUCAACUAUUGCAAAAUACACACAAAUGUAGAUACUAUUCAGUUUCCUGAAUUUAUUAACAGAGCUGUAUUAAAUCACAUGUAGCAUUUGAAAAAAGUAAUCGGUAAUCACAGAUUUUGUAAAUCUCAUAAAUAAAUACAGUAAAUCAUAUAUUGAUCCUCUCAAUCCCUAAAUUUUUAAAAAUGCACUUAUUAAAUACACACAUUGUUAAUGGACUUACAAGGAUACUCUAAAGGGCAGGAAUACAAAUCUGUAUUCCUGGCACUAUAGCUCCCUCUUUUGUUUCUUCAUUUGUCUCUAUUAAUAGUCUUAUCCACACAAGAACAACGAUAAUGCUGGGACAGUUAAGCUAUAUGCUAUUAAGUUAUUCAUUAAAUCGUGAGAUUAAUAGAAAGAAAAUUACAUUGAAAGAUUUUUUUAUCACAUGGAAAGGGUCUGUUGAUGAAAUUAACACAUUUUUUAUAUAUCUUAAUUCAAGUAAUUGGGGGAGCAAAUUAACCCACAAUAUAAGUAACAAUAAUAUAUAUUAUUUUAGAUUUGGACAUUUAUGUUUCUAAUAAAGCCAUUUUAACAGGGACUCAUGUUAAAAAAGUCAACAUAAAUAGCUGUAUAGAUAUAGAUGGCUGUCAUCAUCAAACCUAGUUAGCAAAUAUCCCUAAGGGGCAAUUUUUAAGAGUAAUUUUUAAAAAGAAAUUAAACAUACCAAGAUUUUUCAUCUCAAUAAUUAAUUUAAAUAAAAAACAAUGUUUUAAAGAAAGGGUACAAUAAGAAUGGCAUUCAAAGGUUUAGAAAGGAUAGACCUAACCAAUAGAUGCAAUCUCUUACAAUACAUAUAAAAAAAUAAUGAAAUAAGAAUAAACAAAUUUCUCUUAUUUUUAACUAUUCAAGUUCUGAAGAAGAUAAUGAAUAGGAUUUAGUACAUUUUAAGACAUCAACAUGAUAUUCAGGAUUUUAUAUGGUCUAAAUGUAUCUCUCAGGCACAGGAGAGGAGUUUACUAUCUGUAUAAAUUCUGUGACUGUGCCUGCAUUAAACACUCCCAGAGCUAUGUGUCGUCUAGUAACUGGGAGUCAUCCAGUCCCUGGGAGGGAAUAGAGCUAGUCCCCUAUCCUGCUCCAGGAUGGAGAGGCUCCAGGAGGACUCCAGUCAAGCCACGGCGACUGGGGCAGAAGCGCUAAGGUUUUCCCCUGUUCCAGCUAGGAAACGGUCCUUGGCGGAGGUACCCAGCCAGGGUACAGGGAGCUCCGCUACAUACACCAAUAAAGUUUAUUUUAAUGUAUUAUCUUGGUUCCUGACUAUACAAGUUGCUGAUAAAAAAAAAAAAAGCUUUCCUUGGGACCUAAACAACUCAAGUGUAUCUACAAAUCUUUACUUGAUAUGAUAACUGCAUAGUUAGAGCCAACUCAUAAUGGGCUCUAAAAGUUUUGAGUUUCCACUAACCUUCACUUUUAAGGUUUAACUUUGAUAUAUUACACUAUCAUAAUGUUUUUUUUUAUAGCAUAUAGGUAUUAAAAUUGACAGUAGGUAACUAUAACCACUGCAUGAGCUUCAACACUUUUAUGCUGUUUGUAUACAGUAAAUUUUAAGUGGAAAGGUACAAUUACUGAUCUUUAUUGCAGCCAAACCAUUAUUGUAAAUAUGGACUGUACUGUUUUGCACAAAUAUGCAAAAUAUAAUUUUCAAAAGCCAAUGCUUUAACACCAAAGGACUUAUUCUAGGAAUUGAUACAUAUGUUGAAGAAGCCAAAGCAAUCUAUAAAACAUUUACAAACUGGCACUUCCUUAUCAGCAAGCUGUCAAUCAUUUCAUAAACAAUUUAAGCAAUGUAUUAUAAGUUGUUUGGUGAGAUUAAAAUAUGUUCAAGUGAUUGUUUGAUUGUGAUAUACAUUCAUGCAUUUUUUUCCACUUUCUAUGUUGUUUUUGUUUGUUGGUUUCUUUUUAGUUUUUUUUUGCUUUUUUAGAUUUGAUAAUACCUUCUCUGACACAAUAAGUUGUAGAUAAAACAUGAGACACAUGUUAAGGUUAUCUCUCUAUCUCAAACAUUGAUGCUAUGAUACAAAGUGAUUGGUUUCAUAUCCAGGUCCAAAUAGAAAGGCAUUUUGAUUUUUCAAUAAACGAGAGCUGAAGUUUGUUUUUGUCUACAAGGGCAAUGAUUCACAGUAUAUAUCUUCAAAAUGACAUUCUAUUGAACUCACAGCCUUCAUAACCUACCUGCAACAUCAUGUUCAGAUAGGUUGUGUCCUACUUAAAUAUAAACUAAAAUAAUAUAUUCGCCCCUAGGUAUCAUUCUCAGACGUUUUACAAAGACUUUCACAAUCUCAGAUAUACAGGCAGGGCUGGAUUUCUCAAUAGGAAAAGUAGGCAACUGAGUAUAGGCAUAUGUUUACUCAGGGGCAGGGCUGGACAAAAAUUCAGCCCGGGCAGUUAAAGGCAGAGCAGCCCCCAUAGGGGUGUGGCCCAAGAGGGUCCAUGUUGUGUCAUCACCAAUGACAUUCAUGCCCCUCCAAAGUGGUAACGUUUGUGGAAUAUUCCUCAGGGAAGUCCACGUGUAGCGUUGGGCUGAUAGGCGAUGUGUGUGUGUGAGGGGGAGACAAUAGGGGAUGUGUGAGUGGGAAAUAAGAAAUCUAGAACAUGGAAGGGGGAAAUGGGGCUGCAGAGUGUGAGAAGGGACAUGGGGCAACAGGGUGUGAGAAGGGGACAUGGGGCUGCAGGGUGUGGGAAGGGACAUGGAGCUGCAGGUUGGUGAGAAGGAACAUGGGGCUGCAUGGUGAGAGAUGGGGACAUGGACCCCUGUGUGACUGUCCGUGGCACACAGUUUGGGAACCGCUGAGUUCCUAAGACAUUAGGAUUGUGAAUAUUUCUAUACCGAAUUAUCCUUACACACAAUAACAUACAUGACACAUAUCUUAAAGAUAAAUAAUAUAAAGUGAUAUAACAUACUAAAACCUAUUGCAGGGGUAGGCAACCUUUUAGCAGUACUGUGCCGAUGUAGGAUUGUGAUGUCCCGUAGCGUGCCGAUCCUAUUUUUUUAAAUUGAGGUGUGUAUGCUGCCGUAUUCUGCUUGUAUUAUUUAUACUGUAAUUGCUUUGUAUUGUUGUAUUUGUGUGUUUAUGAGCUAUUAUAUUGUAUAUGUUCAGGAGUAGUUUGUGGUAUCGUGUAUGACACAUAUGAAUGUGGGCUGUGUAUGAGGGCUGCUUGUGGAAUUGUGUGUGUGGAUGGAUAUGUCACAUUGUGUGUUUGGUAGUGUGUGUAUGUGUGGGGGCUGUUUGGGGUAUUGCAUGUGAGAGGCUGCAUGUGGGGUUGUGUGAAUGUAUGUGGAUUGUUGGUGGUGGUGUGUUUGUGCAGAUUGUGUGUAUGUUUGUGUGUGGGCUGUUUAUAUUAUUUGUAUGAGGGGAGGGUUAUUCUGCAGCUCUGUGUAUAUCGAGCAGUGUGGGUGGCUUCCCUGUGUUCCAGUGGGGACCAGGCUGGUCAGGUACAGGUCAAGGUCAGGAGCUGCAAUAGCAGCUGCAAGCUGCUCUACUACUGUGUGGAUUCCCAUUCACAAGUGCUGGGAGGAAGUGAUCUAAGAUCACUUACUCUAUGUGCUGCAAUGCAUAAAUUGAGGAUUGUCCUCAAACAUCUUUUUGUAUUAGCAGAUAUCUGAAGUUUCACUGGGACUCCAGUGCCUGUUUGGCUCUAGCAGCCUUGAGUGCCGUGCAAAGACACCUUGAGUGCCGUGCAUGGCACUAGUGCCGUAGGUUGCCUACCCCUGACCUAUUGUAUUAAAAAAGAAAUAUCAAAGUGCUUUGCAGAUUUUACAUGACUCAGUUUUUCCUGUAGAUUUAGGGAGUACUCAAGACAUAUCAAUCUAGACAUUCAAGGUGAGUCAUCAUUUCUUUUUGGACUUUUGGAUCCCGUUUUUUUUUUUUGGACCAUUACAACAGAUUUUAUUGAUGGUUUGGCAUCUGGUAGUAUUCACAAUGUGCAAGCUAUUGUAAUAUUACAGUCCUAAAGGACUGCACCUGUGUUUACAACACACGAUAACAUAUACAUAUAGGAGAUAAAGAAUUACCUAAAUAGGAAAUCACCUCCAUCGUAUGAAGCAAGCAAGAUAUGAGGCAAUUAGUUUUUGCACCUGUGUUUUCAUAGCAAGUCCUCCAACAGGGAGAAGGAAGAGGGUUCUUAAGAAUGAAAUAUCCUUAAGGUACAUGCUAAAUAAAUGAAUAUCUCAAAAUCAUCUCCAGCUCCUUAUAGAUAGAAGACUCUUGAUAUGUAAGUAUAGUAUGGUGAUUUAUUUGUAUAAAGUAGCAAAGCCUAACAUGAUACGUCAAAGCUUUUUUCUGUAUCAAACUAAUCUGGCAUCUCUAUUUGUAAUUGAUCUAAUGUAGAUGCUCUGUAACUGCAGACCUUCAGUGACUAGAGAAAUCUUCCACCAGGCAAUCAAACGUAAUCUUUUGGGAAGAUAUUAUCCAACCUGAACGGAUACAGGUGUAGCAUAUUGUGCUGAACUGCUCUUUCCACUUGACAUCCAGAAGGGUAUUAAUUAGAACAUUUAACCCCUUAAGGACCAAACUUCUGGAAUAAAAGGGAAUCAAGACUUGUCACACAUGUCAUGUGUCCUUAAGGGGUUAAACCUGCAGUGGGCAAACAUUCCAAUAUUAAUAAGCAGUGUGUGCAACUCUGAAGAUACAGCCCUCCCAUUAGGGUUCAUUGAAUGUAAGACAAGAUACAUAUCUAAACAUCAUUUAUGGGCACUUUUUCUUCAUAAUGUUGAUAAUUGUCCAUGUUAAUAAAUGAACACCCCCAAAUCUCUGCCAUUUAGGAGUUAAAUCUAUUUUCUUUCUGUCCAUGCAGUGCUAGCCACACUUCCCCUGGCUGUGACUAACACAGCCUGUAUGAAAAAAUAGUAUAAUUUUUAAUUAGGUGUAAACUUACUUUAGGAGUUUUUAAUCUCCUUCUCUGUAAAUCGAACUAUAAUUACAUACAGGAGGCUACUGCAAGGUCUAGCAAGCUAUUAACAGUGCAGGAGAUAAGACAUUCUAAAUUAAACAGACUGUGCAAUAAAGUUUAAAGGGACAGUAUAAUCAUACUUGCAGGCAGUUUCAUGCAAACACUGUCUUUACUUUCCUGCCUCAGGGAGCACCUCCAUAGAACUUCUCAUAGAAAUGCAUUGAUACAAUGCAUCUCUAUGAGUAAGUGCUAAUUGGCCAAGCCGGCGUUUGGACCCACCCCCUGUAACACCUCCUUGCCUAUGGAAAAGCAUUUGAAUGGCUGAAAUCAUAAAUUCUGAUGAUGUCAGAAAGGUGGCAGAUAUGGGGCGUGUCCAUCGCCUGCAGUCCUGAGUAGCACUAGAAAUAAGGUAAGUUUUAUUACCUUUCACGGGGGCUUAGGGUGGGCACAGUAAAAUGAUGCCCAAUGGAAUUGAUGUAAUAUAGGAGAAAACUCAAGACACAGACAGCUCUCUCUCUGCUCACACAGUAUCCAACAGACAAAAACUGCCACAUACAGACAGUCAGUGUUUUCUCAAAUUGAUAGUUCAUUGUCUCAAUCCUCCAGGUUAAUUUCAGAUGUAAAUGACACUGUUUAGUUUUUGUUUUUUUAAUAACUAGCGGUUAAAAGAAAAAAGGCUAGUGUUGUAGUGAGACAUUAACUUUGACCACAAAAAUGACCACAUACUGCCAAAUAUUACAUCAAUGAAAUUAUCUAUUGAAAUGAAAGAUCAAUUGUUAUGUCAUUUAGAAUACAAAAAAAACAGCAUUACAGUUUCUUUGUACAUCACAGUGUUAGGUUCACAAUGUUGUACUUACACAAGAAAUACAUAAAUACAAUUUGUGAUCCGUUUUGGAAUUUUGCCUCCCCAUGCAUACAGUAUCACCAAGUACACAUCCAGGAUGGAAUACGGACUAAUCACAUGAUUCUUAGUGGAAUGUAGGCAACAUCUUAUCUACUGCAUACCCUGUGUGGCCUGUACCUACCCCUGUGUUUAUUGAUAUGUAAGUGUUCUAUUUUCAAAAAAAUGUACCAUUAAAUUCUAAAACAGUUUAAAGGAACACUAUUGUCACCUAAAUUACUUUAGCUGAAUAAAGCAGUUUUAGUGUAUAGAUCAUUCCCCUGCAAUGUCACUGCUCAAUUCACUGUCAUUUAGGAGUUAAAUCACUUUGUUUCUGUUUAUGCAGCCCUAGCCACACCUCCCCUGGCUAUGAUUGACAGAGCCUGCAUGAAAAAAAACUGGUUUCACUUUCAAACAGAUGUAAUUUACCUUAAAUAAUUGUAUCUCAAUCUCUAAAUUGAACUUUAAUCACAUACAGGAGGCUCUUGCAGGGUCUAGCAAGCUAUUAACAUAGCAGGGGAUAAGAAAAUCUUAAUUAAACAGAACUUGAAAUAAAGAAAGCCUAAAUAGGGCUCUCUUUACAGGAAGUGUUUAUUGAAGGCUGUGCAAGUCACAUGCAGGGAGGUCAUAAACAAAGGGAUUUAACUCCUAAAUGACAGAGGAUUGAGCAGUGAGGCUGCAGGGGCAUGUUCUAUACACCAAAACUGCUUCAUUAAGCUAAAGUUGUUCAGGUGACUAUAGUGUCCCUUUAAUUUGUUAGCUUAAAGGGCUUAUUCACUUUACCAUAAGGUGCAAAAACAAACUGCAUGAUUUUGAUAUCACCUCUGACAUUUUGUCUUACAUUUUGCCAUUUGGUUCACAAAUAUGCUCUAAUCAUUAUUUAGUGAACAACCCCAUAGUUUAUUGAAAUAAAAUAUAACAUUUUAGGGAAUGUAUGUAAAUAAAUGAGCAAUAAUAACUUCAAUGAGCCUGGAUAUUGACAGGAAGGGUUCAAUCUGCUCCAAUGUGCAUUAGACAUUAUUGUAGUGUUUUAGUCUACGUACUGCACUAAAUAUAGAUGUGUAUAUAUAUAUAUAUAUAUAUAUAUAUAUAUAUAGUGCAGUUUAUAAACAUCACGUACUGUACUUGUUAUGCCUUUGUCUUUUAUAAGUAUGAAAAUAUUGACAAGACUUUAGUCAUUACUGUAUUAUUAGUCUUUUUUUUACCACAUCUGCCUAUAGUAUAUUUUGCUAUGUCGAUUUUAUGGAAAACAAAUUUGGAAAUUUAUGCUACAUAAAAAUUCACAUAGUGUGAAUGAAAGCAAACGCCAAGUUAUAUUUGGGUAGCAAUGAAAUGUAACUCUAAUCGAAACAAAAAAAAAAAUUAGUUUUAAAUCUAAAAAUUGCAAACAGUAGUUUUUAAAAUUUGGAACUUGCCUAUCAAAUUCUCCUUUCGACUCUGACAGGUAUAACAUUUAAGGAUACUUGUAAAGAUUUUGAAAAAGGUUCUUAUAAUAAGACUUUUACGUUAUAAAUCUUAACAUUUUCUUUACAUAUUAAUUGUGUAGUUAUGUUUUUUUUAAGUGAGUACAGUUAAUAUUUAGGAUUUAUACAACUUAACCAAAAAAGCCCCAAUAAAAAAAUAACAAAAAAACAUUUUAUAUGAACACCUCAAAAGCAUUGCAACCAGGAAUACAUUAAUCAUGCUUACAGUAAAGAUAAUUCAAUGGGAAAAAAAAUAACGAAUUAUAAAAUUUAUUUAAUUAACCAAGGAGGCUAAUUAGCAAAUAGUGUGUGAACUGGAUGAUACUAUUCUGUAAUCAAGAGCAAUACUAUACAUCUGCCAAAAGGCACAAGGCUUCUUAUUAAAACAACAACGCGACAGACGCAGAUAAUCACACAUAAAUGAUCAAAUUGUUCUUAAAGGGGAAUCAUCACUUUUCUGAAAAUUAUAUCACUGGGGAAACAACUUUGAAAACCACCUAAAAUGUUAAGUCAUUUUAUUAAUGAGGUGCACUGUUUUCUUUUAAAUUUAGAACAGUAUCAGCUAGGGCACAUGUUGCAAAUGAGGAGGAGAAAUACAAAACAUUGCUUUAUUUAUCUAAUUUGUAUGUGUGUUCCAUGUUAAUUCAUUUGUGCAAAGGGUAGCAGAGGUUUAAACCAUGAUUGACAGGAAUUUAAGUUGGAGGUGCAAACUGCAAUAUUAAGAUAUGUGAAUUUUAUUAAAGACACGGAGGCUCCUAUUAUGCAUAUCUCUUUCUUUAUUACUCUCAGCAGCAAAGAAAUAGAGAUAAAUAAAUAACUGAAAGAACAAAAAAAAUAGUGUUCAAGUAACCAAUCACAUAACAGAGGAAGUGACUAUAAAAUACUUGAAGCACCCACAAUCCCCCUCUUUCUUUGCUGCUCUCAGACCAGUUAAGUACAUAACUUUUUCUGCUCUGAUAUUGAUAUUGUGAUUUUACACUGUACUGUGUUUUGCAUGUUUAUUUUAUUUGAGGUUCCUGCUCCUGGUUAUAUAUCUUAGGUGCUGGAGCCUGUGUCUUUUACUUGUUUCUUCCCCCCCUGUGGUGUGUUCUCCUGGGGGCCGUCACGGCCGCGUUAGGCAGUGCCGCCUCCCGCUCUCUCCCAUCCCGGCCGCGUUCUGCGGCUAGCCGCGGGGUCUCCCAUGUCUCAGGGGAUUUUGUGUUUACACGCCGGCGAGCCUCCGCUUAGCUCGGCGGCGGCUCCCGGGCGUGUGUUGGUCGGGCCGCGCUGUGGAUACACGUGCGCCCCCUCCCCCGCUCUCGUCGGUUGCCUCUCCUCCCUCGUGUGGCGGCCAUCUUGUGUCCGACGGCCACACUCCCCUGCCGGUUUGCCUUUCAUCCCCUGAGGACUUUCAGUGCUCAUCUGUUACACACCACUGUGGGGUAGGAUUUUUAUUCAGUUUUGCUGGUUUUAUAUGUACAUCUUGCAGUUUUUUAUUUCAGUUUAUUUAAGUUUGAUUAAUUUUAUUUGAUUUAAUUUAUUUUAUUUUAUUUUUCAUUGUGCUUGUGUUUCUUUCCUGUUCUCUUGUGGCUGUUUUUAGCCCUGUCCUAUUCCUGUCCCUUUUGGGUUAUUAAACCCUAAUUCUAUCCCUGUCAUUUUUCCUCUGUAUACUUAUAUGCCGUUUUCGUUUUGUUUUCAGAUCUGAUUGUCAUUUUCUACUUCUCCUGUUUAACCCUUUCCUGUAGUCAUGCAGGAUAAGGGUGAUGGUCCUGAGGGCCACAUUACUGACUUCCAUCAGGAGCUGCCUGAGGGUCAGGCCAUCUCUGAGGAGUUCCAGGCUCUGAUGGACUCCACCAUGGCGUCCUCUCUCCAGAGAGCGCUCGCCUCUGCUAUGGGGGCUAUGUCCUCCUCCUUUUCCCAGACUCUGGCGCAGUCUCUUUUGCUGCCCCAGGCGGCUAACCCUGCCCUACUGGGUACGGGCCCUACUCCUAUCCCUACCCCACCUGGUGCCCGUAAGGCCAAGGUGAAGGCAAAACAUCUCUCCUCCCACUCCAUGACGCAGGUUUUACCUGCCUUGACGGACUCGCCUGAGGCAGUCACAGAUGGCGCGCUCCCACCGCGCAAAAGAGCCUCUGGUCGGGCAAAAACGGCCAGGUUGUGGAAACGGGCUAGAUCCCGUGAUGAAAGGUCGGAGAGCGACCGGAGUGAGGAGGAGGAGUAUGAGGAACUAGACUAUGCUUCUGAUGAAGAAGCCGGCUCGGAGGAGGGAGCUCCCCCUGCCGUAGCACCCCGUACUGGGGGCGCUUUCCCUGCCGGGGGUGUUGCUGCCCAGGGGGCGAGUGGCGACGCGGGGAUUCUGGAUCCGCAGGGUAACCCCCUGUUUGAUCCGGAUGACUUGCGUCAUCCUCGUUCCGCUGAGUGGGAACCCCCUGAGCAUAUCGCCCGAUAUAUCGCACUUCGGAUGCGUACGCCACUCUCUAGGGAGAGUCGCAGUAAGCUACGGGCUGAAUGUCCUAGACCUUCGGUCCCAGGAUCGGCGUGUAAGACGCCAGAGGUCGAUCCUCAGAUUGCCCAGUUCCUCAACAAAUCAGGCUGGAAACAAAAGAAGGGCCUUGAUUUUUCCCUGAGACAUUGUCAAGACAAGAUUAUGGACACCAUUGGCCCUCUGUCUAAGGCCUAUGAAGUUCUGGAAGCCCCCAAGGCGGGUGACGCGGAGCUUGAUAUUGAUGUAGCGAUCGGUUGGGUGCAACGUGCCAUUUGCCUACUAGGCAAUGCUAAUAUGGCCGUCUCCGCUGAGCGCAGGAAGGCAAUCCUGCUUAAGAUUGAUCCUAAAUUGGCUACCAUGGCCGUCUCCGAACCUGGUCCCUCGGCUGAGGGGAUGCUCUUUGGAGACAAUUUCGUAAGAGACCUGGGGUCUUACGUUAAAACCUUCACAGCCAUUGAUAAGGCCCAGGCUAAUAUGAAGAGGGUGUUUUCCCCUAGAGUUUUUGGAGGGGCCGGGCGCAACAGGAGCCGUCCACCCGCCCGCGGAUUCCGGGGUUCGUAUCGAGCCCAGCGAGGCUCCUUUUUCCCUACCAGAAACUUCCAAGAGCCCAGACCGGCUCCAUUCUUCCCAUCUAGAGGGAGGUCCUGGAAUCCCCGCUACCCGAGAGGUGCCUCAUCAGGCAGACGCCCUUAUGGUGAGUACCCCUUUUGUCCAUCAUACACGAGAGCGGGUGGCGGGCAGAUUGGCCCAGUUUUACGAGGCAUGGGUGGCCCUGACAGCAGAUGCUUGGGUUCUUCAAACAGUGAAGGGUUACCACAUAGAUUUUGUGUCUUUUCCUGUUCAAACUUUUGUCCCCAGGGAACUCUCGCUAGCUCGAGAGCAGGAAGAAUUGAUCUCUUCGGAGAUCGUGGAACUACGCACCAAAGGUGCAAUACAAGAGGUCCCGUUUACUCAACGGGGCUUUACAAGCAACCUAUUUCUAGUCCCGAAGAAAGGUGGGGGUGUGUGUCCGGUCAUCAACCUCCGCCCCCUCAAUGCUUUUCUCCAGUAUCGCCACUUCCAGAUGGAGGGCAUCCAUUGCCUUCGAGACCUCCUUCAGGAGUCCGACUGGUUGGCCAAACUAGACCUCAAAGACGCCUAUUUUACGGUGCCUAUAACCUCGGCCCACAGAGAUUUCCUCCAUUUCACCUGGAAGGGAGAGCGCUGGAAGUUUACCUGUUUGCCAUUCGGUCUCUCCUCAGCCCCCUGGUGCUUCACCAAGGUCAUGAAACCUGUGGUAUCCUUCCUUCGGAGUCGUGGAGUACGUCUGAUCAUCUAUUUGGACGACAUCUUGCUGAUGGCCCAGUCAAGAGAAUUACUGACGAUUCAUGUAUCAUGGACUACGUCCUUACUCCAGAACCUAGGCUUUCUCAUCAAUUGGGAGAAGUCGGUAUUAGACCCCACCCAAACACUGGAAUUUCUGGGGUUUACAGUGGACUCCGUCCAACAAUUCCUGUUCCUUCCGGAAUCCAAGACAAAGGCGAUCAAGAAGGAAAUCAGACGUACACUACGUGCAGACGACAUCUCUAUCCGACAUCUGGCGAGGGUGAUCGGCCUCCUGGCUGCCUCAAUACAAGCAAUUUUCCCUGGCCCUCUCCAUUACCGGGCCCUUCAACGCUUAAAAGGCUCUCACCUACGUGCCGGCCACUCUUACGAACAGAGAGUGAGACUCGACGACGAGUCCAGAGACGAGCUGACCUGGUGGCUGGCCCACAUGGACGCCUGGAACGGGAGAGCCAUAUUCGGUUCUGUCCCGGACAUCAUGAUAGAGUCAGAUGCCAGCUUACACGGCUGGGGCGCGCGUUGUGGUGCCGCAUCUACCGGAGGCAGAUGGUCGAAUCAGGAACGAACACUCCAUAUCAACUGCCUGGAACUAUUGGCAGGUGCAUUCGCUAUUCGCAGCCUCACGCCGGAACGGGCGAAUUGUUGCGUGAUGCUCAAGAUGGACAAUGUAUCAGCGGUCCGAUACAUCAAUCACCUGGGAGGCAUGAAAUCGCGCAUGUUAGCUCUCAUGGCGAAGGACUUCUGGCAAUUUUGUCUUCGCAACAGCAUUUCCGUGCAGGCGGAACAUAUCCCGGGUCUGGACAACUCAAUGGCCGAUUGGAACUCAUGCUAUUUGAGAGAUUCUGGGGAUUGGCGCUUGCACGCUACGGCCUUACAGGGUCUGGACCGCAUUUGGGGCCCAUUCGACGUGGACCUUUUCGCGUCCCGUCUCAACGCGCAAGUACCCAAGUUCUUCAGUUGGAGACCGGACCCGGCGGCAGUAGCAACGGAUGCGUUCCUUCAAGACUGGCCGCAGACUCGGCUCUACGCUUUUCCCCCGUUCAAUAUGAUAGCUUGCACGCUGUUGAAACUGACGCAACACGGCGGCUCGUUGGUACUGAUCACACCACUAUUACCCACGCCUGAUACCGACCUUCCCGAAUCUCCUGAGGGAUCCGGAUGGCAACUCGCACGAGUUGGUGGAGCGCGGCCUCCUACACCUGAUCGCCUGGCCUCUUUCAGGGGACCCUGGUCUAUCACAGGGGUUCCGCAAUCAACUCUCGACCUCCUCGACAGUGCAUGGGCACCAGGUACUCGAGUGGUGUACCGAUCCGCCUGGAGAAUAUGGUCUAGUUGGUGCGUGGAACGGUCAGUGGAUCCCAUAUCUGCCCCUUUACAUGUGAUCAUGGAAUUCCUUACUGAGAUGUUUGAAUCUGGGAAGGCGUACCGCACCAUUAAUCUAUGCCGAUCUGCUAUAUCAGCCGGACACCAAGGCUUGGAUGGUUCGCCCGUAGGACGUCAUCCCUUUGUAUGCCGACUGCUCAAGGGGAUCCGUCUCACCAGACCACCCCGUGCGAGAUUCACUGCCUUCUGGGACGUGAAUGUGGUCCUUCAAUUCUUGUCGGCUUGGUAUCCAAAUCAGGAUCUGACACUGAAACAGCUAUCAGCGAAGGUGGUCAUGUUGCUAUGCCUUAUCUCUUGCAAGAGGGUGUCGGAUGUUCGGGCAUUGGACUGGAAUGCUAUUGCGUUCACCCCGGAGGGCAUCUCCUUUAACAUAUCCAGGAGAACGAAGUCGGCUUCGAAGGUGUUUGUUUACCCUAGAUUCCAGGGAAACCCGGCUAUCUGUCCAGUCGAAUGCCUUCAGGCCUACCUCAAGGUUACUCGACCGUUGCGAUCCCCGGAGCUAUGCCCCUUGUUCAUCUCGCUUCGAGCCCCGCACCUUCCGGUGUCUACACCUACGUUGGCAAGAUGGGUUCGGGAAUUGUUAUCUCUGGCCGGGAUCGAUACGUCCAGAUUCACCCCUCAUUCAGUCUGCGGAGCUAUGGCCUCCAAGGCGGCGGCUAUGGGCUGCCGCCUAGAAGAUAUUCUGCGUGCGGCGGAUUGGUCACGGGAAUCGACCUUUCGUGAUUUCUACUUCAGGCCGAUUGACCAUUUUGCAUCUCAAGUGGUUUCUAAGCUUUAAACUUGCAUAAUAGGAGCCUCCGUGUCUUUAAUAAAAUUCCCAGAUUUUACUAUUAACAUGACGUAAAGUCAUGAUUUUAUUAAAGACACGGAGGCGAGUAUUAUUCCCACCCACCCACCCGGGUUGGGCAUUGGCUGGUAUGGUGGGUAAGUAUGAUAUAUUCGCUAUUAGACUUUUUGAUUGUGUGUGUUGUAUCUGACGUUUCUCUAUAUAUUGGGGUUACAUUUAUGUCCCUUAUAGCUGUAUUACUGUAUUUGGGUGUGUAGAGUUUGAGUUUGACGUACUGUACUAUUUAUUAUAGUUAUGCACAUACAGUUGGAGUCCAGUCAUUACCUUUUUCUUUUUCUGUGUCUCCUUUAGCCUGAAUUCUUCGUGAUUUGCCAUAUUGGAGCUGCGGUUGGCUACGUUAGCCGAAGUUGGAUGUUCUGUAUUUGGUCUUCGUUAUCCGCAAGAAAGAGGGGGAUUGUGGGUGCUUCAAGUAUUUUAUAGUCACUUCCUCUGUUAUGUGAUUGGUUACUUGAACACUGUAUUUUUUUUGUUCUUUCAGUUAUUUAUUUAUCUCUAUUUCUUUGCUGCUGAGAGUAAUAAAGAAAGAGAUAUGCAUAAUACUCGCCUCCGUGUCUUUAAUAAAAUCAUGACUUUACGUCAUGUUAAUAGUAAAAUCUGGGAAUUUCUACAUUUAAUUUUAUUUUUCACACCUCACUAAUAUAUUUUUGCUUAACAUGUGGCAUAAAAAUGUAUCAUAUUACAAAUUCUGGGAGGUGAUAGUCCCCCUUUAAGUCUCCCAUAGUUAACAAAGGUAACAUAUAAAAGUGAUAAUUGUAACUUUUUCUAUCUCUGUUAGCAAGAUACGUUAAAAAGGCACACAACAUAAUCAAAGGUGCAUACUAUAGAAUCGUACAUAUUAUUUUUAAAAUAUCAACUUAUGUAACAUGUAAAUUAAAAAUAACACAAUGGGUUAUAAAAUGGUCAUAUAAAAUAAUCUUAAAACCUAACUUUCAUCAGAGGAUUGUUUCCAAUACCAUACACACACACGUAAAUAAUAAAAUAGAGACAGCUUACAGGCAUUAAUUAUUCAACAAGUUCUAAACAUCAUUUGAGGAACACGUUACCUUUUGCAAGACAGUUCUACUCUGUAUCAUAAGAAACCACAGGAUAGGUCACUAAAAAUAUGUGCAUUUAUGCAUACAAAAAAAUGUCAAUGAUGGAAUGCAACCGGCAAUAUCAUCUGCUGUGUAUCAGCUUUACAACUGGAAUGAAACAGGAAGCAGAAUAAGGGACUUAGGGAUAUUACAGAAAAUAUUUGACCCAUCAGUCGAUAACCUACUCCCUUCAGCACUCGCACGAACCUUGCUUUGUUGAAAAUUGCAGUGAUGCUUAAACAUAUGUCAACUUUCUAUUAAACAGGUCUUUUACAGAAGUCCAAGUCGAUAUGUUGAAAUUGUGGAACUUGCAUAUUUUGACUUUUAUUUCUCCAGGAGGUCAGCAUUUUAUGGGAGUCUGGAGUUAUAUCUAUGCAUUUAUUUUCUAG